CAAAAAAGCUUUCAGUGUACUUAUUUUUGUUUAUAAAAAUAAAUGCAUGUUUUUGUUGAUUUUAAUUUUAUAAUAAUUAUAUCAAAAAAAUCAUUAUGGAUACCGUGUAGGAUAUCGAGGAUACAAUACGACAUGGAAUUUGAUUGUUAGUUUCAUACGGUUCGGGCAGUAAUAAAAUCCUAUUUAGAAAAACGCGAUGUUAGAUAGAUGUUAUAAAAAAUACCUACACAUAUGGCUGCUAGGCCGUUUAGCUGAAUUACAAAUUAUUAAUUUAUCUGUAGUAAAUUUUAUAAACAUUAUUUAGCCACCAUUUUGGACUGACAAUAUGGUGAACUAGUUGAGUGUUAUGGCUCUCCUCUCCUCGGGUGAGGCAUGCGGCAUAUGUAUAUGUAAUACGGACUGAUGAUAAUAAUGAUGAUCGAUCUAAGUAAUCCAAAAUAUUCAAAUAAGUAUAGAUACGUCAUGAAUUGGGCUGUUUUUUUGCCGAAUUUACGGGAUCGGCCUUUGUCUAUUUUUCAUUUUCAUUUCAUUGGCAUAACGAACAAGCUAAUUUAAAAAGUAUACCUAGCUUUAUUUUCAAUAUAUUAUUCUAGCCUAAAAAAUCAGUUCAGUGCAGUCUGAGUAAAUAUUUGCCUCGUGAUAAUGGCUGGUCGAGGGGCCAUUCCUUCGGAACGAGGCUCUUCCCGAACAAUGUGUCUUUAUUUGUUGAUGAUGGACUUCUUCCUAGAGUGUAGGUGACCGCUAACCGUCCACCUGGACCGCCGGGUGGUGGCGCCGCGGCCGCAGCAGCCGGCGGGGGUGCCGGAGUAGCCCCCGCUCCCCCGGAGUGCACGCCCUGCAUUGUCUGUGAUCGAGCUGCGCCGCGCUGCAGCGUCGCGUCGCAGAACAAAAACAAACUUAUUGAUUUACCGCUUCAUAGCUUUAUACAUUCAGGAGGUCAUAAUUUUCUCAAGAGCACUAAAUUUUUUAAUAUAUUUUCAGGUUGCCUAAUUAAUUUUACCUAAGGCCACGAAGUUAUAAUUAAUACAGAUAUAUAUAAUUAUAUGAACGAAUUCUGCCAACAAUCAGCUGUGGUAAGAACAUCGGAUGAAACUUGGAGUAGCAUGUCGUUGAGUGAGACGUCUUGCUACCACACUGCAGAUAUGGAAGAAAACAAGGACGAACAAGUUGAGCCUACGGAGGACAGUCACAGGUCACGAAGUCCAAUAACAGUAACUGUGCCUCGGACCUUGAGACUGUCGGGGAGCCGCAGCACCAGGACGCGCCGGCUGUCGUCGCCGCCCCCCGCCCCGCGCGCCGCGACCCCCGCCCCCCGCGCCGCGCCCCCCGCGCCCUCGCCCGCCGGGUCGCCGCCGCUCCGCCGCUACCGCCUCGGCUCGCCCGCCCGCGCCGGCCCCUCCGCCGCCACCGACGCCCCCAGCUCCAAGCACUACGGAUUAUCGAAGCCUUCUAGUCCAGCUCGCCGUCACCGCUACCCACCGUCUACUGUAUCGCUUUCAUCUCACGAUCUGUCCUUCGACUCAUCAUCUCUUUUUUCAAAGGAUAGAAGAAGUUCGCGUGCGACGAGUCCUGAAGAAAAACGAAGGCGUAUGAUGUCGAUAUCAGAGGAGCACAGAGAUUUUGUAGAAUAUAUUAUGCAAAAACAUAAUAAUAAAACAAAUUCAAUUGAAGGAGCUCACAGCAUGAUCCCGGAGUUCGACCCGGACGCGCCGGGACAGUCGGCCGAGCAGUGGCUGCGCGCGGUGGCCGACACGGCGCGCACCGCCGGCUGGAGCGACUCCCAGAUCGUAUUCUACGCACUACCGAAGCUAGCCGGUAAUGCCAAGACGUGGUACCUGGGAAGAAGUUCCGAGGAACUUAGCUGGAAACAAUGGCAGAAGAAAAUAUUAAGAACCUUCUCAGAAGAUCGAAACUACGCGGAUCUUCUAUCUGAGAUGCUCAGUAGGAAGAGCACGGCUGAAGAAUCACUGGAGGAUUAUUUCCACGCGAAGGCCCGGCUGGUGAAGGCGUGCGGGCUGUCGCGCCGCCGCGCCGUGGACUGCAUCGUCAGCGGCAUCGCCGACGCCGACGUGCGCUUCAACGCGCAAUGCUCCAGGUUCAAGAAACCGUUCCAUUUGCUCAAAUACAUACGCCGUAUAUCGAAAAGAAAACCUGUUUUGCCCAAGCAAGAUAUUCCGAAAAAGAGUACUGAAAAAAAUAAAAAACAGCGAGAAACUCGAUCGUACUAAUUGAAAUUAUGAAUAAUAUACAAAUAAUCAGUCAAUUAAUAAAAUUCCAUCUGCAACCCACUGAAGUUUAAGAAGCAAAAAAUUCUGGUUUGAAAAAUAGUAUUAUAUUCAUUAUUAAUGUCUAAAUAAAUGAACUAGGUUGUGUGUAUGGAACUCUGUAUUUAUGAACGAUUUCUUGUAUUCCUGUUGUUAUUUCUGAUUCGUUGUUUUAGAAAAUAAUUAAAAAUAACUAAUUUUACAUUAUAUUGGUUGGACCUUAAAAUUUAUAGAUAGAUAGAAUAAAGACACUUUUAGGUGUACACCAAAAAUAAUUAUUUAAGUAUAGUUUAUCAUUCUAAUUUAUUUGCUUUAUCUAUUUAUUUACAUAAAUAUUAUGUAAUUACGGUUUAAACCCAUAUUUAUCAAAUAGAACUAUAUAUUUAUUUAUUUUCUUUAUAUUUUAUACAUAUAUAUACCUGUCCCACCCCAGACCUUUACAGCUUAGGUGGUGGUGAACCUGCGGUUUAGUAUGUCCCACGGGCGGGCGGUGCGCGGUGUCACACGGGCCACGGCGGUGUGCACUGUCCCGCCGCCGGCUGCGCCCCGGCCGGGCUGGGCGGCCGGGCUGGGCGGGCGGGCAGCCUGCGCCCCGGCCGCGCUGGGCGGGUGGGCGGCCUGCUCGCCACUAGUAGUGCUCCACCCGGCCGCAGCACUCACCUCACUCAGUUACCAUUACUAUUGUUUUAAAUGGACUGCACGGAAAAAAAAAAUUGUUUUUUUAAAGUAGGUACUUUAUAAAUUAGAUAUGAUAUUUCCGGAGACAAAAAAAUAUGUCUACAGGGUAUCACAAAAAGUAUUAUAAACUAUUGUUAUUCUAUUAAACUUAUAACUUAGCGACACUUGACAGUGAUUACGUAAUUUAGAAAAAAAAUGUAAGAAAAGAAAUGAAUGGAAACGUAACCUAACCUAAUUAAUACCUAUGUUUUUUGGAAAAUUCAUGUAUGAGAAACUUUAAUUAUAAGUACCUAUGUCAUUUAUAAUAAUGAACACGUAAGCUAAAUAAAUGAUGAAUUUUGGGAUGUCUAUGUCUAGUCAAUAUAAGGAAAAUAUAGUUACUGUAUUACUUACCACAAAAACCUUUAAACAUUGUUUAACAAGUUUUUAAGACGAAAUUUGACAGAUUUUGUAGGAUUUUGUCUAAUUUGUUGUGGUAAGGCCCUUAUUGUCUUCGAUGUAUUCCAUAUUUUCAACAGUUAAAUUCAGAAUAAAGUUCUGUUUAAUUUAUACUCAACUAUACUACCAUCCUUUCUCUUACGUAAUUAAUAUAAAUGU